GGCAGUUUGUGUCAGACCACGGAGCACGGAAGAUGUUCCCGGUUGUUCACGGUACGGGUAGUUCACCCUCGUCGCGACGUCGGCGUCGCGCGACGAAUUGUCACGGUGCCGUGUCUGUUACGCUUGGAAACUUCAAGAACGUUGCUAGUUCACGGAUCGACAGGCCAACGUCCACUGCCACACUGAUGACGACCGCCUUGUGCGUCUUGCUGGUCCUCUUGCCCGCGGCGUACCCCGACAAGAUCUCCAUCGGUGCAAUUUUCGAGCAAGGCACCGACGAAGUUCAAUCAGCGUUCAAAUUUGCAACGUUGAACCACAACAAAAACAACACGACUCGGAAGUUUGAGUUGCAGGUUUUCGUGGACGUAAUUAAUACCGCGGACGCAUACAAGCUAUCCCGUCUUAUCUGCAGCCAAUUCAGCAGAGGGGUGUUUUCCAUGCUAGGCUCCGUGAGUCCGGAUUCGUUUGACACCCUCCAUUCUUACAGCAACACGUUCCAGAUGCCUUUCGUGACGCCCUGGUUCCCUGAGAAGGUACUGACGCCGUCCUCUCGUCUCCUGGAUUUCGCCAUAAGCAUGCGUCCGGAUUAUCAUCGCGCCAUCAUCGACACGGUGCGAUACUACGGCUGGAAGAAAAUCAUCUACCUCUAUGACUCCCACGACGGACUGCUCAGGCUACAGCAGAUCUAUCAAGGCUUGAAACCGGGGAACGAGUCGUUUCAGGUGGAAACCGUCAAACGAAUACAAAACAUGUCCGAGGCGAUUGAUUUCCUGCGCAGCUUGGAGGAGCUGAAUCGAUGGAGCAACAAAUACGUGGUGCUCGACUGUCCAACAGAUAUGGCGAAGGAUAUCGUAGUGAGUCAUGUGAGAGACGUUGCACUUGGGAAAAGAACGUAUCACUACUUGUUGAGUGGAUUGAUAAUGGACGACCGUUGGGAGAGCGAGGUGAUUGAGUACGGGGCCAUCAACAUCACCGGUUUUCGCAUCGUGGAUGCCACUCGGCCAUACGUCAAAGACUUCCUGACCGCUUGGCAUGGUCUCGAUCCAGCGGGGUUCCAAGGAGCAGGCCGUGAAUCUAUUUCCGCACAAGCGGCGCUGAUGUACGACGCCGUAUUUGUUCUCGUUGAGGCGUUCAACAAGUUUCUGAGGAAAAAGCCGGACAGAAGCAACGUGAGACGAACUGGAGUCCCUGGUAGCAGUCAGAUUACGAAUGGCACACGGUCGCUGGAUUGUAAUAAUAGUGGCGGCUGGGUGACACAGUUCGACUUUGGAGAAAAAAUUUCGAGGCUACUGAGAAAGGUUGAAAUCGAGGGACUGACGGGGGAGAUCCGUUUUAACGAUGAUGGUCGCCGACACAAUUACACUCUUCACGUCGUCGAGAUGACGGUCAACAGUGCCAUGGUCAAAGUUGCAGAAUGGACGGACGAAGCAGGAUUUCAAGCGAUCGCAGCAAAAUACAUUCGUCUGCGACCGCACACGGAGAUCGAGAAGAACAAGACCUACAUUGUCACCACAAUCGUGGAAGAGCCGUACAUCAUGAAGAAAAAGUCAGACACGGGCGAACCGCUUGUGGGCAACGAUAGCUACGAGGGUUAUUGCAAAGAUCUUGCUGAUCUUAUAGCGAAGAAACUCGGAAUAACGUACGAGCUUCGGAUCGUAAAGGACGGAAAAUACGGAAUGGAGAAUCAGAACGUUCCUGGUGCCUGGGACGGGAUGGUGGGCGAGCUGAUUCGCAAAGAAGCAGACAUUGCCAUCGCUCCUAUGACAAUCACCUCCGAACGCGAACGAGUGAUCGACUUCAGCAAACCUUUCAUGUCUUUGGGAAUCAGCAUAAUGAUAAAGAAACCUAUCAAACAGAAGCCUGGUGUAUUUAGCUUCUUAAACCCAUUAAGCAAGGAGAUCUGGGUGUGCGUGAUCUUCUCGUACAUCGGUGUGUCCAUCGUACUAUUUACCGUAUCCAGAUUUUCCCCGUACGAAUGGAGGGUGCUAACGCUGAGCAGUGGUGCGGAUCCAGCUGGAAGAAAUGAUCCCACGUUGCAACAUCCUCACGCGUCUCAAGGAUCGCCUCACAUGCCGACCUCCAGUAUGGCCAACGAUUUCAGCAUCAUCAACAGCCUGUGGUUCGCGUUGGCCGCGUUCAUGCAACAGGGCUGCGACAUAUCGCCCAGAUCAAUAUCGGGACGGAUAGUUGGCAGCGUCUGGUGGUUCUUCACCCUUAUUCUGAUCUCAUCGUAUACUGCCAAUCUAGCUGCAUUUUUGACAGUCGAAAGAAUGGUGGCCCCGAUCAAUUCGCCAGAAGACUUGGCCUCGCAAACGGAAGUUCAAUACGGCACACUCUCUCACGGAUCCACUUUUGAUUUUUUUCGCAAAUCGCAGAUCAAUCUCUACAGCAAGAUGUGGGAGUUCAUGAACUCCCGGAAGCACGUGUUCGUAAAAACGUACGACGAGGGCAUACGGAGGGUGAGGACAAGGAAAGGCAAGUACGCUCUUCUGAUAGAGAGUCCGAAGAACGAGUACAUCAACGAGAGGGAGCCCUGCGAUACGAUGAAAGUCGGUAGGAACCUUGACGCCAAAGGGUUCGGUGUUGCGACACCGCUGGGAUCUCCACUCAGAGACCCGAUAAAUUUAGCGGUGCUGUCGCUGAAGGAAAACGGCGAAUUGACAAAACUGGUAAACCGAUGGUGGUACGACAGAACGGAAUGCAGGCACGGUGACAAACAGGAUGCAUCGAGGAACGAGUUGUCCCUCAGCAAUGUUGCAGGGAUAUUCUACAUCCUUAUUGGUGGCCUUCUUUUAGCACUGGCCGUCGCCCUACUGGAGUUUUGUUAUAAAUCGCACACGGAAGCUACAAGAGCGAAGAUACCACUGUCAGAUGCGAUGAAGGCGAAAGCCCGACUGACGAUCGGCGGCGGUCGAGAUUUCGACAAUGGCCGGUGGUACGGACUGCAGAGUUAGACGGAGGAUGCAUGCGCCUUUCCCGGGACCAUAUUACUACGCUCCGGCAAACGCGAUUGGCAAUACGGAGGGCGACCAGGUGCACAGCAAUACGCAUACCCAGGUGUAGAUUACCUGGAGUCGCCAAGCGAGUCGCCCGCCAUCUCCCUGCCCACACCUCCGCCGCCGCCCCUGGUGGCGGCCCUGCCCACGCCGCCGCCACCGCCGCCCAGAAGACCGCGACGAAGCGUCACAUUCGCGGAAUCGCCGCCGAAGAGCCCGAAAAGGUUCAGGUUCUCACCGUUCCAGCGGAAACCGGGCAACCUGAUGCUAGACGUCGCGGUGCCCUGGACCCCGGCCUCCCCGCGCGUCUGGACUGGCAAAAUCGGCGAGGACAAGCCCGAGUACGUCAAGUAAACACGACGUCGUUUCACGAGUAAUCACAGGAAGCUUGUCAGUUGGUGCUCGUCGUGGAUCGCGUCUAUGACGAUCGGGAGCCUCCUGACUAUCCUCGACCCUCAACCCUAAGCAACGCGUUUGCCGCUAGUCGAAUCUCCGCGACUCGCCGUUCCUAGGUUCGUUUGUCCUAUUCGACGUGAUAGGGACCUAGCACUUGAUAAGCGAUACUGUUUCUAUUCUACGUAGGGGAUGAGGAACCUUCCGUGGAGGCGUAUUAUGUCGGAUGAAUGAUAAUCAGUUUUUCACUUGUUCUGGGAUUGUUUCGUUUUUACGUAUCCUUGCGAUACCAUGGGUUUGUGGUGAAUCAAGUGUGAUACAAAACCCUAUACCUAAUGGUUGCUAUUGUUUAAUCAUUUUUUUCAGAUGUACGUUUGAAAGAUUCAUUUUGUAUAGUACUAUUGCUCGAUGAAAGAAAUGGUAAAUAAGGAGGAGGUUUAGUGUUCAUAAUACGUAUGUUAGAGGAAAGACAAAAUUACCAAUCAUACAUAGCAGUGAUACUAUUUGUGAUAAUAACUUCAUCGAUACGAUUUAAAUGAUUCCGUAAUGACUAGCAACUAACAGACACUAUGUGUCUGAAAGUCCUGCAGCAAUUAAUUUUAUUUCAAAAUUCCUUUCCAAUGAAAGAUAUUUUGUUUAUCCACUGUUUGGAGGGAUAUACAUUUUUCAUAGGAACAUAUCAUAAUGAACUUGUUCCAGAAAUUACAGUUUUCUAUUCGUAUAUGUGUUUAUACUGAGCUGGAAGACCCGGAAGAUCUUUGAAAAAAUGACGAUUUAAGUGUAUCGAGACGCGUUGAGAGCAAUAGAGCUAUCUUAAAUUGCCCUAAUUAUCAAGUUUUUUCUUUUUUGCAGAUCUGAUACGCCACAUAUAAAUAUACGCAUAUGAAAUGCCUAGAACAAUCUUUCUCAAUCUAUUGCUGGUCCGUACUAUGUCGAAUAAUAUGAAUCAACCUUUUUCUCCAGCUUUCAAUCUCGGUGUACAGGGCAUAGCAAGUCAUUCUUCUCCAAAGAUCGACCUCCUAGCUUUAGAGCUGUCUAAUAUUAAUUAUUUUCGAACUGAAAUAAUAAUACUUUUUAUUUGUUUUUCUAACAGAGGCUGUUAAGAGGCGUCAAUGAUCGUAUAAGCCCUUUUCAGUAGAAUGAUACUCCAUUUUAUGUAUUUUCCAAUACAGACUGUUAAGAGUUACAAUAAUCCUUAUCGACUUUAUAAGUCAUCAAUUAUUUUCCAGAAAAGUAAUAUACUUUCAUAUUUAUUCCUUAAUAGAUAUUUGUGAGAUGAACUUACAACGAUACGGUACAGUAUAUUACUUUUAAAUACUUAAACAAUAAAUUAUUUUAUUUUAUUACUUUAUAUAUUUACUUAUUUUGUCUAUUUAGUGCACUAAUAUAUAAAUAAGGAACACAUAAUACAAACGCGUUAAAUUUAUCUAAUUUUAUUAAAUUGUACUUACGCUUUAUCAGUAUUUUAUUUUAUCAUUGCAUAUGCUUAUUCACUUAACGAAUUUAUUGUACAAUUACGGAUGAAUACAUUUGAGACGAAUUUAUAUAAUUUUAUAAAAUUGUAUUUAAUUUGAACAAAAUUUUAUACAAUUUCAUACAAUUUUAUAAAAUUACAUCUAAGUAAACUUCCAAUUUUACAUAAUCUUACCAAUAUUGAAAAGCACAAUCUGAAGCAAACACCAAUGAUAUAAUAUCUUAUCUACGUUUGCAAGGCUAAGUUAUCGAUAAUUUCGUCGAGCCAAUUUAUAUCCCGCUAUACUUUGAGGACUUGAUCCUAGUAACUCGUAGAUUGGAAGCCCGAGAAAUCGCUCGGAAACACGGAGAGCCGUAUCACGGUCUGGCGGGAGCUCCCGUGAUCACGCCGAACUUGUUUCAAGUACAGUGAUCGCGUCGAUUCGACAAGGAUCAACGCGAUCCGUCGAGGAUGGACACCGUACGGGAGUCCUCGCCGCCGGUCGCGUUUGUACAUUGUAUAUAAAUUAUAAUCGAAUCAAACGAGACGAAUCAAAAAGAAAAAUAAGCAGACACAAACGAACACACCGGCUGUCCGCGACAGAACAGUGUCGUGACAUUCGAUAGUAGAAUUCGAUGGUCCCGGGGUGGGUGCAUGUGCAACCAACAGCUUGAACGAUACGUUAAACUGCAAUUCCGUGAGGACGAGAGCCCGUAACACGCACACGAAACACGUUAAACAUGUACACGAGCACAUAAACACGUACAUAUAUGUAUACAUAUUAUACGAGGGAAAAUGCACGUCGGUCGAAUUGGACAGAGAUGGGCAGAACUUUGCUAGAAUAAUGAACGACUGAAUCACAACUCAGACAACAUUGAACGGUUACUCGACGAAGCUUCCGAACGAGGUGCAACUUCAUUUUACAAUUCGAAUUGUAAGCCUCGUUCGACGCUAGGUUUACGGUGAUUCAAUGUAUCUUCGCUGCAUUGUUUAUUUGUUUUUGGGGCAUAUUUUCUAAGAAGAUUUCGAUUGCGUUUAUACCUAUUAACGAAGUAAUUUGGAAGUAUGCUUGUCUCUUUGUGAGGAUAGAAGUUAGCAUAAGUGGCGGGCGUAAAAUGUAAAUGGCUUCAGUGAUUUUCCUUGUGAAAUUCGAAAAGGGUGGACACGACCUUACUUCGUAAAGCUGGCGUUAAGAAAUAACGAACUGAAUCAUGUUCAUCUUUCGAUCGUUAUAAGUAACUUUUUAUGUAGAUUGUGCCCAUCUCUGCCGGUUGCGAACGAAGAAGACACGCGAUGAAUUGGGGGAAACGAUCGACGAGGAGAGUUCGCAGGACGAAGGAAAACCGAUGAAUGAAAUGGACGGGUCGGGUUGAUCGUGACGAUGACACUACUAUUAUUAUUACCAUUACUCUGAUUAAUAUUAUUGCGACCGGUAGAUUUUAUUAUGGAUUCACGGUUAAUUAUGACGAUCAAUGGUACACCCGGUGUAACCCUAUUUUGUGGAUCUCGCGAGAAUGGAAUUAUUCGUUGCGUCAGAAUUAAAAUGAUAGGAAAAAAAAAUGAAAAAAAAAAAAAGAGCAAAAGAAGAAAAAAAACAAGUAUGAGCAAACCAGCACUGGAGCCGCGAUACGUUUUUUAACUGACAAUGGUGUAUAAUCACAUCGAUGCGUGAGUAAUGCGUGUGUGAUAAGUAAUAUAUAUAUAUUAUAUAUAUAAUAUAUAUAUAUAUAUAUAUAUAUAUAUAUAUAUAUAAAAAUGAAUAUAAAUAUAAAUAUACAUACGUAUAGACGUUUAUUGAAAGAUGUACGAUGCGACGACUGCGUGGUGGGCGAGUGAACGUUAACGAGCGAAUGGAAAUAGGUUUAAUCGUGUAAACGCAUUAUUAAGUACCUAUCACUGCCAGUUCGCGCCGAUCCGACCCGAGAGAGAAAAAAAGAGCGCUGUUUUCUUGUACGACACACUCGCACAUUUUACACGUCGCUGUUCCAUGUUCCCGCGAUCGAGGGGUUCCUUUAAGUCGUCGGAUCGCCGUGAUCUGGCUGGAUGAACGAUGUUUACGGCCAAGGUUUUUCGUGCCAAACGACGGUGCCUCCUUCGAUGACGAUGGCCCGAUGCUACGGUCCUUUCGAGACGUCCGCGAAUUCACUUUGAUGCCCAAUAAGUCUUAAUGUGACGAUUAUUAAAUUUAAUAAUUAAAACCAAGUCAUUUUAUUCAUUAUUUUUAUUUAACGUCUUCGGUACGCAAAAUGUGACUGUAAAGAUACAUACGAGCGUGAAUAACACAGAAAAUACGUAAAUAUAAGAAAAUAUUUACUUACAUAUUAUUUGUAUAAUAUUAAUAUGGUCAUAUGAACUGCAAUACACUUGUAGUUAUACAAUUACAUCAUAGUUUCUACUUAUAAAUAAAUGAAGUGCUUUUAGUAUUAAAUAUGUGGUUUGAAAAUGACAGAAAAAUAAAUCGUGUUUAAUAUUAUUUGACUUUAAUUAAAAACUAUAAUAAGUAUUAGUGGAUGCGAUUUCAAUUAGCCUAUUUAUUUAUACAAAUUUACUCAAAUUUUCGAAAAAUUAUAUAAAAAUUAUUAUUUUACUCUUUUGCUCAAUGUUAUCAGUGAAGUAAUGUGCAAUUAAAUACAUUAUUUGGAAUUUGGGGAGAUCAGUGUGAUACCUCAUUAUAUUACAAAUAUUGAUUACAUUAAAUUUCACAAAAUUUGCUCAUUAUAAAUGUACAUAAUUCCAGAAAAAUCAAUCCAAAAUAAAAUUUCUGCAUAUAUUCUGGUUAUAAUUUAAAUCACUUUGAUAUUGAAUUUCAUGUUUCUAAAUUAAGCGAUAAAGUGCCCAUGCAUAACUGUAUUUAAAUCAGAGCCCAAGAGAGACGAAAGAAUGUCUCGAGAAGUCCUUGGUUAUCGUCGUAGCAUUGGACGUGACAGGAGGAGGCAUCGCAGAGCCAAAUUGCAUGUUGCGACGUAUAAAACUAUUUUUCUGGAAUGCACUAACUAGCUGUUUCUAUUGAAUUUCAGUUCACGUUUAUUUACUGAACGAACUGCCAUACGAUUACCGAAAAUCACGCCAAUUACCCAAGGAAAGAACCUUUGUGUCUUUAGUUCCGUCCGGUCUCAGCGUUCGCGAAUCCCGAAUGCGACCGUGUCGGGCUGGAAACUCGAUGCACAGUGGUACGGAGCCUAAAAAACGCAAUAACGGAAUCGUCACGCUAAUACUUGAUCAUUUUCCAUUAGAUAAAUCGUGGUUUGAACAUUUCUUUUUAGGUCAGAGUUGAUUUUCUGAUUAAAAUUUUUAAUGAGAUCAAAUUAAUCUCUGUAAAUAGAAGAAGUAAUUAAAAUAUUUUUAAACUGUUCCUUUGUGACAAUGAUAUUUCAAUUACAGUAUGAAAUUGCCAAAAUCGGCUGAAACAACGUAUACAUAUAAUGAUUGUAUAAAAGAAUUAAGGGUGAACAUAUAUAUUACACUCUUAUAAAGACAAUUGAAAUCCAAAUAUUGACUAUGCUUGUCGAUAUUCUUAGUAAAUAAGGAAUUUAGGUCUUUAUAGUCAGAGAGUGUACAUACAUUGCUUGCCAACCCGAUAUUCCUCGUUUAUUAAAAAUAAACUUGAAUAUGUACAUUUAUUUUAAUAUAAAUUCGAUUUUAAUAACUUUAGUGCAUGAUUAUUAAUAUAGUUUUUCAUUUCGUUUAGAUUAAUUAAUCCCAGAAAUUCUGGAACGAUAAAGAAAUUUGUAUAACAUACACAGCAAAUUAAUAACCACCAGUAAAUAUUUUGUAAUAUGUGCGUUAUAUAACAUAUAUUAUAAUACAGUAUAUUAUAAUGUAAAUUUAAAGUCAUGUGAAGCAUUUCCUUAAUUUCCGAGUAUUUAUUCGUGACGUUUUCGAGCACAUUUUUAAAAUCACCUACAUUGAAAAAAGAUUUGCAUUGAAAAAUUACCCAUCUGAAAAUUGAAAAAUUUGGCUUUUACGCUCAUUUUGGAGCAGUCGUACCACUGUGCGACGCUGAAGGGACGUUGAACGAUCGACGAGCAGGUCGAGCGAGCCGAGCAAGUUUUAUACGUGGCAGCGACGAGACCGAUCUACCUAUCAUAUCGUCAGAUUUUCUUAUUACGACUAAUUGUUAUCUAUCACCGGUUAAUAACGAUAGAUAAUGCGUAUAUCGGGUAUUCAGUCGUUAAAACUACAUGGUAACGAACGGUACACGCGGUGAGUAAUUGUAACUUCAAAACGGUCCGGAAGAGAAACUCGAGUCAUCUUGUUCGAAGGCCGUAGGUUCUCACGUCUACGUCGAACCCGAAGCGUGAUCUAGUAGAAAUUAUGCUAAUUAAUCGAGGAUUGCGCAUUGACCCUCUAUUGCAUAAUAUAUUCGAUCGAGAACCCGAUAGAAAUCAUCAUUUCUGCUGCAGGACAUUUUUAAAGAGUUGCGCGUGAUGUAUAGUCAUGGGGAUGUAUAAUAGUUUUGCUGACUUACCCAUUCAGUUAUUUAUUAAUUAAAGCAGGGCUGGGCGCCACGAAUGUUUUAACGCAUGGCGAGCAAGGUAACUAAUGUACUACAGUGAUGUCACCGCUUUGAAAAUACUAGUCCCCGUGACAAAGCUGUGGCGCCAUUAGUUUCUGUGCUCUCGUGCACUAAAUUGGUCGUGAUGCCCAAGUUUGAUUAAAGAUAUGAAUUAAAAAGCUUAGCAAUCUCGUUUAUGCGAACAUAAUAUGUUUGUAUUGACAAGAA